AAGUCCAAAUAUCAAAAUGGCUGCCACCCAAGGAGCUGGACGAGAUAGAGUUAUGACAGGCGACCUGCCUGAGGACUUUCUUCGCUUUACUGCGCAUCCUGGUCAGGCUCCUGGAAUGGUACCAGUYGCUUACCCCCCUAAUACCUUUAUUCCAGCCACAAUUACUGGAAGACUUAGUAUCACUGUUGUACAGGCUAAGCUUGCMAAGAAUUAUGGGUUAACAAGGAUGGACCCAUAUUGUCGUAUCACCAUUGGUAACCAUGURUUUGAAACACCAACAGACAGCAAUGGUGCUGCYAAUCCAAGGUGGAAUAAGCUCAUGACUUGGUAAGGUACUUCACCUCUCACAGGGUUCAUGAGGGAAAACCUGGAAAGUUACUGGAAUUUACGAUCAUUUUCCAUGGAUGAGAGGAUAGCCUGGGGUCUAGUGAACAUCAAAGAAGAGGUUCUUCGUGGAGAAACACUUGAUGAUUGGUACUCACUCAGCGGCAAACAAGGGGAUGAGAAAGAGGGCAUGAUCAACCUGGUCUUUGCUUAUAGGGAAGAGCAAACACAGCCAGUGUUUUACCAACAACCCAUGGUGCCAGUCAUGAUGGUACCACAAGCAGUUCCUGGAAUGCCAGUAGURUAUCMCCCMCAACAAUACCCUCAAGGACCCAAUCCUCCUCAGGCUCACCCACAACCACCUCGACAAGUUUCCCYRCAAGACAUGCAAAACCUCAAGGAUAUGUUUCCUAAUAUGGAAGAAAGUGUYAUCAAAUCRGUCCUGGAAGCAUCUGGAAAUAAUGUUGAAUCGGCGACCACRUACCUGCUGACAAUGGCCAAUGAGGAUCAAGCUAAUGCUACCUGAGCACAGCAGAUAAAUUGAUAAUGCUCUAAUAAUGAAUCAUCACUCAGUAAUACUGAAUAAGAUCAGAUCAAACACUAACAAUGAUUUAGCUUUGAAAAUUUGAAGAUCAUCAAAAUAGGCAACAAAAUAAUAGUUUUAAAUAUAUUGAUUUUGUCAAUGGAUCAAAUAGCAGGAUUAUUUAUGCACUUCUAUACUGGAAGAAAACAAGUGACUUGAAUGAAGAACCCAUGUAAAGCAUUAAAAUAAAUAUCAGUCUUUAUUUACUUGUACAUCAAAUGAUUUAAACUAGGAUUCUUGACCUGAAUUAUUAGAACAAGCAUAUGUACUAAAGUGCAUAUGACACUUUGAGCAAUUACAUGUAAUAUGAAGAUUCAAAACCCACUUAAUCCAUAAAACUUCAAUAAAAACAUAAGGUAGCAUUAAUACCUUAUAUGCAAAUAA